GCUCGUCCUCGGCGCGUCGCGGUGCGCGCGCUGACGUCACCGCUCGAUAAUGGCUGCCGCCGCCCGGUCCCCUCUGCCCCUCCGGCCGACCCAGCUCAGUCUCUCGUCAACCCGCGACCGCAGCGAGUGCUUCUAGACGCCGCCGCGCAACUGCGUUACAUGUGAUACCAGUGAUCCCGUGUACCAUGGUGACAGUGUUUUAUUCGACAAAAAUAAACAAGUGACAAUUUUUCAAAGCGAAUAUCGCCGAUUACGUUACACACCAGGCAUUGAGAUGUCGGUGAUGCAGAAGAGGCAGCACUGCUAUUUGUGCGAUCUUCCCCGGAUGCCAUGGGCGAUGUUGCACGAAUUCUCGGAGCCAGUGUGCCGUGGAUGUGUUAAUUAUGAGGGUGCAGAUAGGAUAGAGGUUGUUCUCGAUACGGCGAGGCAGCUGAAACGCGCGCACGGAUUCCAGGAAGGUCGGGGACCGACACAUGCGAAAGGAGCUCACCGUGCUCCAUUGGAAGCGCAUCAGAACGGUGCAGAAUCAUCAGCAAGAGGUCAGCCGGCCCCGCCAGCGCAUCACGCUCCCACAGCUGGAUUUACGCUGCAUCAUUCACGGCCGGCAACAAACGCUGGACUGCUAGCGGAGUACGGGAGUCGGCGGGAGGAACACGAGAGCCGGCGACUUGCCCACCUGCCCCUGGCGCACUUGCCAACGCACGGUGGUGCCCGCCUUGCUCCCGGUCUCACGCUCAAAAGGCCCCUGGACGAUGAUGAUCACCAGAAUCAUCAUGAACCAGCGAAAAGGCUUUUGGAAGAGCACUCCCGCCCGCCCCUAACUCGUGGCGAGUCCUUGCCCGCUGUUUCCUUGGCUGCUCCGUUUGCACCUGAUCGUGUUUUCAAACAAGAAAAGCACCCACUGCGCACACCAUCAUUUGACGCAGCUUUCAAAACUAACGGUUAUGGAAAUAGUGCUCCAUUAACGAAUGGUUCAGCCGGAUCUCCUUUGGGCCGCACAGCAGGAUCUCCCCCAGUCACGGGAGCUGGAGCCGGUCCAUCACCAAUGGCCGCUCUUAUGUCAGUGACCGACACAUUACCACCCGGAUCGCCGAGGUCCGCUGGAGGGUCACCCCCACAGCCGCCACCCCAGCGAUCAGCUAGUCGCUCCAGCCAGCAUUCACCCAAUUCUUCAGGGUCGAACGGCGGGCGGCGGUCGUCGGGCUCGCGACAUGUGUCGUCGACGACGUCAGUUUCUUCCACGGAGGCUGGUGAAGGCACUGAAGCGGCAGCCCCAGCGCCAGCCCCUCUGCUGAAAUGCACCCUGUGCCAAGAGCGCCUGGAGGACACACACUUCGUGCAAUGCCCGAGUCAACCGCAUCACAAAUUCUGCUUCCCGUGUUCCCGGGAUUCAAUCAAGAGACAGCAAGGAUCUGAGGUUUACUGUCCAAGUGGCGAGAAAUGCCCGUUGGCGAACUCGACCGUACCGUGGGCUUUCAUGCAGGGCGAGAUCGCAACAAUCCUAGGAGAGGAAUUCAAACCCAAGAAAGAGCGGGAAACCUAGGGCAGCGUGCCGCCGCGUAGACUUUAUCUCUUGUCCCUCUCGCUGUGAACUGACCAGGGGAGGAGUGUCGGGCGGCCGCUUGGCGCCGACAAGCGCAUCGCGCACUUUUCUCGCGGCCCGGGGCUGGGCCCGCCGCGAUUGGAACACUUGUAUAUAGAUUUGUAAAUAACGUAAGGUUUAGUUGGCGCCCAACGGUGCCUCGGAAUGGGCUCUCCGCGACCCCAGCGGCCGGAGUGUGAUGGACCGUAUUCAGCGUAAUGGAUCCGCAAGCAUAAACCAUCUCGGAAAUCGGAUGUUUUCAUGUUUUAAUCUGUGAGUUAUGCAAUAUUCUGAAUAUAGUACAUAUCCGUUUUCGAAUCAUUUUACGAUUAUUGUCUCGUUGUAAAAAGUCGAUUUAACAAUAGUUUUAUGAUCUGAAGUGCUUCUCGUUAACAGAAGUAGGUCUGGCAUUUUUUAAUCGAGAACUCUUCGGAUGCCAUUUUCUUAGUUACCUUUAGGUCCUGAACCAUAGUGAACUUGGCAUUUAUUUAUGUGAUUUUAUAUACUGUACGAGUAUUAUACUAUAUAAUAAUGAUCAUGACAUUUUAUGUAGUUGAUUACUGACUGUAAAAAUGUAGUUACGAAUAUUGGAAGCGCAUCGCUCUUUGUACAGACAUUAGCACUUAUAUUUAAAAUAUAUUAAUUGCAUACGGCGCAUAAAUAAUUUUCUUAUUUUCUUGUAUUGGAAGCGAUUUUUCCCGAGUGGCUCGAGUUCCGUUAAUGUAUCUUAUUGGACGACAUUCGGCCUGGACACGAUUCAAGUUUCGUUAGUUGCGUAGAAGUUAUCGUUGUUUUCAAAUUGGAAAUUAAAUCGAAAUUGGAUUGUAAACUCGUUUCGCUCCGCAGAGCACUAAGCGUUUGGGUUGAUUAUUUUGUAAGGUUAAGUGUGGUUUGGUCGGCUGCAGUAUUAGCGAGACGUGCGCACGCGUCGGGGCGCGCCUAGUCAUUUUGUGAAAUGUCAAUCUGAUCCGCGAUCGCGCGGCCGUUAUAGGAACUCUUAAAACUCGCUGCUAUAUUUGUAUAAAGUGAAGUAAUUAUCAUUAUAUUAUUAUCAUUAUAUAUGUCAUAAUGUUAUUACAGUUAGUGUGUCAAUUUCGAAGGCUAUCAGAUGGCGGCCGGUUGGCUUUUUCGUUUUCGCUUCGGCCUCGUAGCAUGAGAAUUGUUUCGAUAUCUGUUCGACAGAUGACGCGUGUUAAUAAAUCGGUUUAGCUGUUUAUCUAUCGUUGUAUAAGUACAAUUUGUGGGGCGUUGCCGUCCCGCUUCGGACGUUUCGUGUUCGAGUUCGGUCGAUUUAUUAAUGUGUGUUGCAUAUAAAGUAAAGGUUAGGUGUGUCGGGGGUCGGGGGCUCGCGUGCUCGCGCAGUCGCCGACGUGGGGCAGUCAACAGUACAAUGUAUCGUUUCCAGCACAGUGGAACAUCGCGAUUAUCUAGUGUCAUAUCCGUCAGACGCGACAUGACCUUAUCUAUACUGUUUAGCAGGUUCAAUUAAAUUGACAUGUCCAUUAUUUAUUUUAGAUUCGUGUACAUAUAUCUACGGUACUUUGUAUAUAAUAAAAGUUGUAAAUAAUAAUGAUUUAAUGGGUUCUAGCCGCUAGAUUAUUCAAGGCUAUCCAGUCAGUAUUACUAAGUACUGUGAGUCUUGUAGUUAUUUAUAAAUCACAUUUAACUUGCAAUCGAUUUUGUUUUAUUCAACGUAAAUAUUUCUAUAAACGCUGUAUUUAUGGUGAGAUCGAAAUUAUGUACGUUUAUUUAUUGAAACGCCACAAUGGCGUGUUUUAUUGCUUUUCUGUUUGUAUAACUGUCUAACAAAAAUGUUGUUAAUUUAUAUUUAACGUUUUCUGAUAGAUUCGAAAUUGAUGUAUCUCUUGUACGCUGCCCAAUGUUUGGGGUCUUGUCUGUAUACUUUAAAUAUUCAAGUAGGUGACACGUAUUUGUUACAGUUAACUCUGAGUAUUAAUUGCAGCAAAUGCAUGUGAAGCGUAUUAUCCACUGACGGGGUCUGAGCACAAAGAGUGCAAAAUUUUCUUUCUCUUUCAUACUUUUAAUGUAUGCAUAUAUGAGUUGUCAAAAUUUGUUUUUAUCGUUUUCGUUUUCGCUCGCUUUAUUACUGAUUAAUUGAGCUACACAUGAAUGCGUACAUUUAAUGUAUUUAAGUUUUAGUCCGCCUCUAUCGAUAGGCUCGUAAUAAGAUUCUCGACGAUCGAGUUGUAUCUUUCUUACUGCAAGCAAGUGAAAUGCUUCGAUUAAGACGUUAUUGUAAAUGUUGGUGAAAUACAAUUGAUGUGAUUUUGUAA